AUGGGGCAAAGCAAGAUGCGCACAUCCACGCCCGGCGCACGACCUCCGUUUCGAUCGCUUCCGGCAUUCUUGCUUAUAGUUGUUUUAUUUCUCAAUCUACUCUCUCCCACCUCGGCCAGCCUCCUGCACGAUCAGGACCACGCGGGCAUUUUGCACCCGGAGAUCACCGCUUAUCCGGUUCCUUCAGCGGCGAUCGACGCCGAUCCGCUGACAAUCUCCCCUCCCGAUCUCAGAAAACGGUCCGAGACCGAUGACGAUGACGGCGAAUCCAACACUUCGACGCGAUCGCGGCAGACGUCUCCUACUGCUACAAUAACCGACUCUUCUGGAUCCUCUCCAUCUCCCUCUUCCCCGUCGACCUCGCGCCCGUCCGCCAUCCGUCCCUCCGUGUCUGGCUCUCCCAGCUCCGAGAUAAUCGCGUCCACUCCCACCGUCCCCGACGGGCCGCUGCCCUCAGCAUUCGACACAAGCAUCGGUGGCAACGCCUUCUCCACCAAAUCCUGCACUCUCUUCUUCGAUGACUUCCUCGGCAACUCCACCUUCAAUGAAUGCCUCCCCCUCUCCCUGCUCCUCACCACCUCCACCUCCUUUUUCAACGCCGCCAAAUCCGUCGUCACCCUCACCCGCGUCCUUGACGCCUCCUGCUCCGUCGACGCCGUCAAAUGCACCGAGCUCCUGAGCCACUUCGGCAGAGAGGUCGGCUCCAAAGCAGCCUGCGACAAGGAUCUCGCUGCUGAAAACCCGCUGGUGCUCCAGGCCCGCAACGGCUUUGUCGCCUACAAGCCGCCGACGCUUUCAUCUACCACCUUGCCGUGGGCGCAGCGCUACCCGGCUCCACACGUCCGCAGUGCAAUAAAUGCCUCCAGGCCACGAUGGAGGUAUACUCGCAGGGCGCUGGCAUCGGAGAACAGCCCCUGUCUCUGACCUACAAACCGGCCGCCAAACAGAUUAAUAUCGGCUGUGGCCCGGGCUUUGUUUCCGAGAGCGUGAGAAGCGGGGCUGCCGCUCUGUCUGCGCUGCUUUCACGCUCUUUGUCGCUAUAUUACCUGAGCUUGCCGCUUACGCUCCUAGUUUUCGACGGCUUUGUAUGACACGCUAUUCCGAAUAAUACUCUUUUAUAUCUAUCUCUUUCCUUUCUUUCUCUCAUUCAACUACCCUUUUUGAAACAUCCAACUUAAUACCCCCCUCCUUUUUUUUUUCCCCUCCUUUGGCUUGGGUGAUGUACAUAUUAAUUAUGCCCUAAGCAAUCUCCCUACACGUGUUCCACAAAAAAAUAAACCCUUAGCAAUGGAGUUGGGGAGUGCUUAUGUCCUUACGCUUUUUGUUGUAAUUAUAUCUACUCCGUGCUUGGCCCCAUUUUUCUUUUUUCUCCAAAUACUUCUUUUUGUUGUCUUUCUAUCCUUAGAUAUGCCUGUAUGUAAUACCUUAGAUAAAGCGCAUACGAAGCUAGUACUUAAUAUGACCAAUAUCUCAAUUCCCCCUAUA